AUGACUCCCAUUAAGACAGACUUCCCCGCGAUCCGCGCCUGCAUUUUCGACAUGGAUGGUCUCCUCAUCAACUCCGAAGACAUAAUCGGUCUAUCUACGAACCACCUGCUAGAAAAAUAUGGAAGACCUCCUUUAACUCGAUCAAUGCAAGCUCAGCUUAUGGGUGUCGCGGACUCGACAAAUAGCGAUAUAUUCCACAAUUGGGCCAAGUUGCCUAUCUCCCGCGAGCAAUUCGCCCAGGAAUCAAGUGAAGGCAUGCGACUGCGUUUCCCAGAUUGCAAACCGCUGCCUGGGGCGGAGAAUAUCCUGUCGAGCCUGAGCCGUGCACGAAGUGCUUCGACUGGGGAAAUGAUUCAACUGGCUUUAGCUUCCAGCACUAAGACCCGUAGUUAUGAGCUGAAAACUUCGGGGCCGGAAUCGAAAAAACUACUGAGCUUCUUCCGCCCGGAUAGAAGGGUUCUGGGUGAUGAUCCGCGAGUGGGACGGGGUCGGGGGAAGCCAGCGCCCGAUAUUUAUUUGCUUGCAUUGCAGUCGUUGAACUCGGGGGUAGAAUUUGAGGGAAAUGCUAUCCUGCCCAGCGAAUGUUUAGUCUUCGAAGAUAGUAUCGCUGGGGUAGAGGCUGGGAGGCGGGCUGGGAUGAGAGUUGUUUGGGUACCGCAUCCUGACGUGGCCGUCAAGUAUGAGCCAAUGCAUAAGGAUAUCUUAGCCGGGAGGUCGGGGAGAUUUCAGGUGGGAGAUGACUGGCAGCUAGGAGAAAUUGAUGACGGCUGGGCUGAAAGCAUACCGAGUUUAGAAGAAUUUGAUUAUGAGAAGUAUGGCUUCAAUGUGCCGUCUUAA